GGAGGAGUGCGGGGCAGGGCGCGUGCCGGGCGCGGGGCUGCUGUGCUGCUGCUGCUGCUGCUCAGUGUAGAGCUGGGAACAUGAAAACACGUGAAUAAUUGAUGGCUGUGUUGUAAAGCGGGGGACGCAGCGGAAGUUGUGAAUGGGAGCGUGUUUUUUUUUUGCUGGUGUUUAAAGGAGAAGUGGAGGAAAUGAGCGGGGUUAUCAGCUCUCAGCGCGGCGGAGUUUAACACCGUGUUUUACUGUGUUCGGGAGCUGCUGAAGUGCCAUGGCUUUAGUGGUGUAUCUGAAGACGGUGACGGAGCUCCGCGGGAAGGGGGACCGCAUCGCCAAAGUGUCGUUCAGAGGUCUGUCAUUCUACUCACGAGUGUUAGAGAACUGUGAAGAUGAAGCCAGAUUUGAGGAGGCUUUUCGAUGGCCAGUGGCCAGUAAAGUGGAUGGAAAUGAAAUGCUGGAGAUCCACAUAUACAACUACAGCAAAGUAUUCACCAACAGGUUGAUUGGCACCUUCCGGAUGGUUCUGCAGAAGGUGGUGGAGGAGGGUCACUUGGAGGUGUCAGACACACUCAUAGAUGACAACAACACAGCUAUACAGACAAGCAUUUCUAUAGAGAUCAGAUACCAGCCGAUGGAUGGGAGCGUGCGGGUGUGGAGUGAUGGGGAAUUCCUCGAUGUUCCUGAGGAGCGUGAGAUGUUCCAGUUUGAGACGGAGAGUUUGCUAUCCUCACACAGUCACAGCUCAGGAACCCCACCAGGACGGUCAAGCCACGGCAUCCCUGCAUUCAGAAAAGCAGGAAAAGGGGUGUUUUCAGCCAUGAAGCUUGGAAAGGUACGCAGCUCCAAAGACGACCACAAGAAAGGAGAUGAUGCUGCUAUUCUGGAGAUGGAGGAUCUUGAUCGUAAAGCAAUGCGUCUGGGUGGAGGGCUUGACCCUGAUACAAUCUCACUGGCCUCAGUCACUGCAGUGACCACUAAUGUCUCGAAUAAGAGAUCAAAGCCUGAUAUUAAGAUGGAGCCUAGUGCUGGAAGACCCGUGGAUUACCAGAUUAGUGUCACGGUAAUCGAGGCGCGUCAGCUGGUGGGUUUGAACAUGGAUCCUGUGGUAUGUGUGGAGAUUGGAGAAGAUAAGAAGUACACGUCCAUGAAAGAGUCCACAAACUGUCCUUACUACAAUGAGUACUUUGUCUUUGACUUCCACGUACCACCAGAUGUCAUGUUUGACAAGAUCCUGAAACUGUCUGUAAUUCAUUCUAAAAACCUGCUGCGGAGUGGCACGCUGGUAGGCACCUUUAAACUUGAUGUGGGAACAGUCUACUCACAACCUGAGCAUCAGUUUUACCACAAAUGGGCCAUGCUGUCCGACCCUGAUGACAUCACGGCUGGGUGCAAAGGCUACAUAAAAUGUGACAUAGCUGUGGUGGGGAAAGGGGACAACAUCAAGACUCCACACAAAGCCAACGAGACGGAUGAAGAUGAUAUAGAAGGCAAUCUGCUGUUGCCUGAGGGUGUUCCGUCAGAGAGGCAGUGGGCUCGCUUCUAUGUGAAGAUCUACCGCGCUGAGGGUCUCCCUAAAAUGAACACCAGCAUCAUGGCCAAUGUGAAGAAGGCUUUCAUUGGAGAGAACAGGGAUCUAGUAGACCCUUAUGUUCAAGUGCAGUUCGCAGGCCAGAAGGGGAAGACAUCAGUGCAGAAGAGCAGCUACGAGCCCAUUUGGAAUGAACAGAUCAUUUUCACUGAGAUGUUCCCUCCUCUUUGCAAACGCAUGAAAGUUCAGAUCAGAGACUCUGACAAGGUCAAUGACGUCGCCAUAGGAACUCACUUCAUUGACUUACGCAAGAUUGCAAACGAUGGAGACAAAGGCUUCCUACCCACUAUGGGUCCAGCGUGGGUAAACAUGUACGGCUCUACGCGUAACUACACCCUGAUGGAUGAACACCAGGACCUGAAUGAAGGACUCGGAGAGGGGGUGUCCUUCAGGGCCCGCCUCCUUAUUAGUGUAGCUGUGGAAAUAUUGGACACCACCUCUCCAGAAAUAAUGAGCUCCACUGAGGUACAGAUGGAGCCAGUGUCCAAUAUUUCAGAGAGUGCAACAGGAAAGCUGGAGGAGUUCUUCCUUUUCGGAUCAUUCCUGGAGGCCACUAUGGUGGACAGGAGGAUCGGCGACAAACCAAUCAACUUUGAAGUUACUAUUGGCAACUAUGGUAACCAGUUAGACGGCGUGAGCAAGCCAGUGUCAGGCAAGAAGAAGAAGAGGGAGGGUGGAGGAGAGAGUGAUGAAGAAGAGUCAGAGCUGAUCCAGAACUCCAGUGAUGAGGAGACUGAGGAUGAUGGGGAUCUGGUGUCAGUAUCCUCCACCCCUCCCAUGAAACCUGUGAUCACUGACAGGAACUACUUUCACUUGCCGUAUUUUGAAAAGAAGCCUUGCAUCUACAUUAAGAGCUGGUGGCAAGAUCAGAGGAGGCGCCUGUAUAACUCGAACAUCAUGGACAAGAUUGCGGAUAAACUGGAAGAGGGUCUGAAUGAUGUUCAGGAGAUCAUAAAGACGGAGAAAGCUUAUCCUGAACGCAGGCUUAGGGGUGUUCUGGAGGAGCUGAGCACUGGCUGCAGUCGGUUUGUCACUCUGGCCAACAAAGACCAGAACCAGGCUGGCAGAACCAAACUAGAUCGGGAAAGGCUGAAGUCCUGCAUGAGAGAGAUGGAGAGCAUGGGUCAGCAGGCCAAGACAAUUCGCUCCCAAGUGAAGAGAAACACUGUGAGAGACAAACUCAAACUGGCUCUGAACUUCCUACAAAGGCUCCGUUUCCUGGCUGAUGAGCCUCAGCACAGCAUUCCAGAUGUGUUCAUAUGGAUGAUGAGCAACAAUAAGCGCAUAGCGUACGCACGCAUUCCUACCAAAGACAUCCUGUUCUCUAUAGUAGAUGAGGAGAUGGGCAAAGACUGUGGAAAGGUUAAAGCUGUCUUCCUCAGGUUGCCUGGAAAGAAGGGCUUCGGUCCGGCUGGCUGGACUGUCCAGGCUAAGCUGGAGAUGUACCUGUGGUUGGGCCUGAAUAAACAGAGGAAGGACUUUCUGAGUGGUCUGCCCAACGGUUUUGAGGAGAAUAAAGCAGUGAAAGGCACGGGUCUACAGGCUGUACCUCCCAUCAGCCUUACGUACAACAUGAAGCAGGUGUUCCAGCUGAGAGCUCACAUGUAUCAGGCUCGCAGUCUGUUUGCUGCUGAUACUAGUGGACUUUCUGACCCUUUUGCAAGAGUAUUCUUUUCUACACACAGCCAGGUUACAGAGGUGCUCAGUGAAACUCUCUGUCCUACAUGGGACCAGCUGUUGGUGUUUGAUAACGUGGAGCUCUACGGUGAGGCGACUGAACUGCGAGAUGACCCUCCAAUCAUUGUUAUAGAAAUUUAUGACCAGGACACUGUGGGGAAAGCAGAGUAUAUUGGCCGAACUUUUGCCAAGCCGCUCACCAAGAUGGUUGAUGAGCAUUACGGCCCCCCGCGUUUCCCACCCCAGCUUGAGUACUAUCAGAUCUACAGAGGAAACUGCACUGCAGGGGAGCUGCUGGCUGCCUUCGAGCUGCUGCAGAUCCCUUACGACGAUGAGGAGAUCAGGAGGGCUCUUAUUGCUGUCCAUGACUUUGCUGUCCCUCAGAUCAAGAUUGGUCCAGCUGGACGGACAGAGCUUCCUCCCAUUGAUGGGCCAACUGAUGUUGACCGAGGUCCCAUCUUACCUGUGCCUCUGGGCAUACGGCCCGUCCUCAGCAGAUACCGCAUAGAGGUCUUGUUCUGGGGGCUGCGGGACCUGAAGAGAAUUAACCUGGCGCAGGUCGACAGGCCUCGAGUGGACAUUGAGUGUGCAGGCAAAGGAAUCCAAUCAGCUCUCAUUCAGAAUUACAAGAAAAACCCAAAUUUCAGCACCCUGGUCAAGUGGUUUGAAGUGGAUCUGCCAGAGAACGAGUUGCUUCAUCCUCCUCUGAAUAUUCGGGUGGUAGACUGCAGAGCAUUUGGCCGCUACACAUUGGUGGGCUCACAUGCUGUAACCAGUCUGCGCAAGUUCAUCUACAUCCCUCCUGACAAAAGGUCCAAUAACUGGGCUAAUACAGCUAGACUGGCCAAUGGCUACUUGGCUCUCACCAAUGGGACCUCCCGUUCCCGCCCCUACUCCCGCCCCAUCUCUCACUCCUCAGGUGACAUCGUGGUCAACAUGGACUCUGAGCCCAAUGUCAAGAAGAUGGAGACUGUUGUAAAACUGGAUGCUACCUCUGAUGCUGUUGUUAAAAUUGAUGUGAAUGAGGAAGAAAAGGAAAAAGACAAAAAGAAGAAAAAGAAAAAGAAGGGAGAGGAGAUAGAAGAUGAGGAGCCAGAUGAGAGCAUGCUGGACUGGUGGUCAAAGUACUUUGCUUCAAUAGAGACCAUGAUGGAGAACCUACGAGUCCAGGAAGCAGCAUGGGCUGAGGCUGAGGAGAGAGAAGAUUUGGAGAUUGCGGCAGAGGGAGCAGAAAUCAAAAGUGAUGACUCUUGUACAAAAGGCACGAAGCCCAAAGAGAAGAACAAGAUAAAGAGCUCAAAGGACAAGAAGAAGAGCCACGGCAGUGAUGGGACAGAGAAAAAAGUGCCCAAACCCAAAGUAGACGAGCUUUUGGUCUACAAUAAGGAGCUGGAGACUGAGUUUGAUCACUUUGAAGACUGGCUUCACACCUUCAACCUGUACAGAGGGAAGGCCAUAGAUGAUGAUGACCAAAACAUUGUGGAUGACGACAGGAUUGUGGGCCGAUUUAAAGGGUCAUUGUGCAUGUACAAGCUGCCUCUGUCAGAUGAAAUCACCAGAGAUGUUGGAUUCGAUCCAAAUAUGGGCAUGUUUCAGAGUAUCCCACACAAUGAUCCCAUCAAUGUACUUGUGAGGGUUUAUGUUAUCAGGGCAACAGACCUUCACCCUGCAGAUAUAAACGGAAAAGCUGAUCCAUAUGUUGUUAUCAAGCUGGGAAAGUCAGAGAUCAAGGACAAGGAGAACUACAUCUCUAAACAGCUGAAUCCUGUCUUUGGGAAGUCCUUUGACAUUGAAGCCACGUUUCCAAUGGAGUCUAUGCUGACAGUCUCAGUGUACGACUGGGAUUUAGUUGGCACUGAUGAUUUGAUCGGAGAGACCAAAAUUGACUUGGAGAACCGUUACUACAGCAAACACAGAGCCACCUGUGGCAUCGCAUCUAAUUACUCUCUUCAUGGGUACAAUGUGUGGCGAGACCCUCAGAAGCCCACCCAGAUACUUGCAAAGUUGUGUAAGGAGGGCAAACUGGAUGGACCGCAUUAUGGCCCAGGUGGAAAGGUUAAAGUUGCAAACCGCAUCUUUCUCGGGCCAACGGAUAUCGAAGAUGAAAAUGGUCUAAAGAAGCAAACAGAAGAGCAUUUGGCUCUUACUGCACUGAAACACUGGGAGGAAAUUCCUCGAGUGGGCUGCAAACUCAUCCCAGAACAUGUAGAAACCCGACCACUCCUCAACCCAGAUAAACCUGGAAUAGAGCAGGGUCGGCUUGAGAUGUGGGUGGAUAUGUUCCCAAUGGAUGUUCCUUCACCAGGACCAGCCAUAGACAUAUCACCACGGAAACCAAAGAGAUAUGAGCUCAGGGUGAUAAUAUGGAAUACUGACGAGGUAAUUCUGGAAGACGAUGAUUACUUCACAGGGGAAAAGUCCAGUGACAUUUUUGUCAGGGGCUGGCUGAAAGGACAGCAGGAAGAUAAGCAGGACACAGACGUUCACUACCACUCUCUGACAGGAGAGGGAAACUUCAACUGGCGCUUUGUGUUUCCCUUCGACUAUCUCAUGGCUGAGGAGAAAAUUGUGAUCUCUAAGAAAGAGUCUUUGUUCUCCUGGGACGAGACAGAGUACAAGAUCCCUGCCCGGCUCACCAUGCAAGUGUGGGACGCUGACCACUUCUCUGCUGAUGACUUCUUGGGUGCGAUUGAGCUGGACUUGAACCGGUUUCCUCGGGGAGCAAAAACAGCAAAGCAGUGCUCCAUCGACAUGGUGCUUAAUGAGCAAGAGCUGCCAACCAUCUCAAUCUUCAAACAGAAAAGGGUGAAGGGCUGGUGGCCUUUUGUGGCGCGAGAUGAGAAUGAUGACCUGGAGCUGACGGGAAAAGUGGAGGCAGAGCUUCAUCUAAUGACAGCAGAGGAAGCAGAGAAGAGUCCUGUGGGCCUUGGAAGGAAUGAACCAGACCCACUGGAGAAACCAAACCGGCCCGACACCACCUUCCUCUGGUUCCUGAGUCCACUGAAGGCCAUCCGCUACCUGGUGUGCAACCGCUACAAAUGGCUCAUAAUCAAGAUUGUCCUGGCCCUGCUGCUGCUGAUCAUGGUGGGCCUCUUCCUCUACAGCAUGCCUGGCUACCUGGUCAAGAAGCUGCUGGGAGCCUGAGAUAACCUGCAUUGAACUGGAAGACAAAACAGCAGUUUAUUCAACCCCUCCACCUCAGAGUGGCCCAUCCUGCAUUUUCAUUCCUUCCACGCUGAUGCUGCUUGAUGCCUUUGUGAACUCUCCUUUCAGAAUAUCUGCUGACACUACUGCACACCAAGCAUACUUAAAAAAUACUCCAUUAACAUUUUUUUUUGAUUAUACAACAAUCUCAUAUUAAAUGUAGAGGGUUUACAUUAUGUAACUUUCCCACAUCUCAAAAAAAUGGUUUAGUUUUUAUUUUUUAUGGAAACAAAGACUCAAAGGACCCCUUGUGGUCCUUUUACUUUAAAGAGGUUAUGUUUCAUAACAGUUUUUUUUUUUUCAGUUCUUCACAUCUAUUUAUGCCCCUCAGUCUUUUUUUUAGUAUUUUUAUCUGGUUUAUAUACAUACAUAACAGGGCACCAUUACAGCAGAGUUCUGCACAUUUCAGUAAAUUCUCUGCUUAAACAGACCAAUUAAAUUUAGACACUUUAAAAGAAAAGGUGUGAGAAGAAAAUCCUCUGUAAUAUAAUUUAAAUAUAAAGAACUUUAGACAGAAUUGCAGUUGUCCUAGUAAGACCAUGUUCUAUUCAGUACUUUAACUGAUACAGUAACUUCUGAUUCGUUUUACAAAAUAUAAUUGUGAAUUUAAUUCUUGGUCUUUUUAUGUUUGAUGUUCUCGAGUGCGGAUCAGGCUGACUGAAUAAUAUAUAUGUUAUUUAAAUGAAGUUUAGAAUGUUUAGAUGAACCACCCAGAGGGCCAUGUAGACCAGUUUGAGAACCACUGUGAGAUAUUCUUGAGAAAUUCUUGUGAAAAUCAUUUUAAAAAUGGGCAACCUGUUUUUGAGAACUUUAGGAUCAAUUGGCCUUAUUUACCAAUUUUCUUAAAUUUCUUUACAUCAGACUCAUUAUGUUCAGAAAUUGUCACAGCCCUGCUGUGGAAUCCAUUUUCAAGAAAAAUGCCCCUUAUUCCAAAUAAGAAAAUACUGUUUAGUGUCAGAAUCUUUGUGUAAAUGGGUUUUCAGAAGAAAUUCCUUCUUAAGAAUGGAUAGUAAAUGAGGCCAUCCUUAUUAAUGACUUAUUUCUUUGGGGCGUUUACACACUAGCCUUAUAUUUCGGACCUGGGUGCACUUUCUCCACAGAUCAAGUGUGAAAGCUGCUUUCGCUCCUGGGAGUAGUACAAAGUACCAAUCUCAGGUCCUCCUGAAAUCGGUAGUCUGGGGUUUGCAUCAAACGAACUUCUAGUCAGGUGUGGAAGCUAGCUGAGCCUGGGUCCACAAGGGGCCUCCUGUGAUUGGUUAUUUUUGUAACGUGUUAUAGCAUUACAUCCCUUUGCAUUAGUUAACAAUACUUAAUACAUAACAAAUCCAUACUGUAACAGGACAGGAGCGAGGGUACUCUCACCUUAAUGCUCAUCACGCUCUGCCCUGCAGGAGAAGCUUCACGGUGGAACAUCAUGCACGCCAAAAGUACUGUUCCUCGCCACAACCAAGGAAAAGAUACGUAAAUGAUUGUGCAAUCGAUCCACGGUUUAGAAAAAAGUUCUCGGGUGAAAACGAACCAACAAUAAUAAUCUUCUCCCCCAAACCAGUCCAGAAUCAGUAUCGGGUGCAGACUCAUUUAUUCAGGGCAAGUGUGAGAAUGCCCUUAAGGCCAUUCACGUGGAUAUAGAUUAAGCCAAGCUUUUGACUUUUCAAUGGUGAAUCAUCAUUUAAAACAGUUUUUAGCCCAGGCUUCGACCUAACCUCUGUCUGGGAAACAACCCGCCUUUAGUUAGGGUUCUACUUUAUUUAUUUAUUUUUCUUUGAACAUCUAUGUUGAAUUAAGCCCCAGAGGUACUUUUGGAACCUCUUCACUGCAUAUUAUCUAAUCAUUCUCAGUUAGAGAAUAAACCAGAUCAUUCGUACUUUAGGGUUAUGUAUGGCCUGCAGGAGAUUCUGUCUUUAUUGUUAAUGUACUUGAAUGCAGCUGAUAGCACAACAGUGAGCAUGCAGUUGUUUAACAUUAGAUACAAAUAGAAAAUGCAAGCUUAUCAUGUACAUGAAAAUUGAUGUUGCAUUUGCCUUGAAGAUUGCACUUUUGAAUCCAUGACAUAUCAUCGGGAAUGUUGAGAGAACAACAGGAUAAGGAGGAGAUGGGUUUCUUUUUCAGCAUGGUGGUCUUAUGUCAGUUCCCCUCCCUCCUUCCUGCUGUCAGUUUACAUUGUUUGCUGUGCAUAGCACCAUAGUUUUGUACCUGCUUGCUCUUUUACCAGGAAAACUUUGUGUUUUAUGUGAUAGUGUUUACCGAUCAAAUUUGUUACCUGACUUGAUUGCACUGAAUCUGACUUAUUUAUAUCCUAGAGAGCGUAUUUAUAAUUCCUGUUUACCAGUGUGAGACAUUUCGGUAUUGAUUAAUUUAUUUUUGUCUGUAUGAAGGUUGAAUAAAAGGAACUUGUUGAAAUAA